CUCUGGGUGACUUCCAACAUAUAUAAAAACAGAAUAAAACAUUAUACAUUAACCAAAAAAUCCCUAUAUAAGGCUGCCUUCAGAUUUCUUCUAAAGGUUAUAUAGUUACCUAUCUCAUUGGCUCAGGGGUUGCAUAAUUCCAUACGCUUCAACGUUUCUUCAGUGAAAAUAGGGGCUUCCUAAGGAAAAGCGGGACAUUCCAGGUUCAUGUGAGAAACUGGAACAGCUCCUGUAAAUCCGGGUUUGUCCCUGGAAAAUAGGGAUGCUUGGAGGGUCUGCAUUCCAACUCUACAAUUCUAUGAUUCUGUGAUACGCCACUGAAUAGAUCCACUGAAAUGAAUAGAAGUGACCAGUUUAGGUCCAUUGCUUUCAGUGGGUCUAAUUUUUGAGUAGGACUGAGUUCGAUGCAAGCUAUUCCUUUCAAUGGGUCUACUCUGGGUAUGAUUUAGACCAUUGAGGUUCUACUCAGCGUAGACCCUCAUGCUGGUUGAGGCUAAUGGGAGCUGUAGUUCAAACCAUCUGAGAGGCACUAGGGUGACAAAGGACGGAAGAGAUUAUCACUACAGCCUGCAGGGGGCUGGACCAGUUCAAUAGCUGCCUGCUGAUAAAACAUGUAAAAGCCUCUGGGUCAUCUUCAGUGCUCAUUGGUUCUGAGGAUGGCAGCUGUUAAAGUUUAUGUGGAGUGUUUUAACUUUUUAAAUUUUGUAGUAUUUUGUAAAAAAUAAAAUAUUUUUUAAAAACAGUUUUAUAGGGUAAUAAAAACAAUAUUUUAUUGUUUUCAAUUGGAAGCUGCUAUGGACGGGCGUUGGCUCAGAACAGCGGUCUAAUAAAUACAUUGAAUAAGUACAAUGCAUUAAAGCAUAAUCAAAACCAAAUUUUCUAGAGGGUUUUAAAAAAAGAAAACAAUUGAACGGCUGGCCCUUUAAACCGUCCUUUGGGGGAAGCGCUUCCUCUUAGUGGCCGGUGAUUGGCGGAGCUGGAGGGCGGGGCGGAGGCUGAGCUGCGCCGCUCAUUCAUAACAAUACCGGCUUCCGCAACCUCAUUCAGAAGCUCUUAAAGGGCCAGGCCUCCACCGCCACCCCGCGGGAGCGGCUGCAAAUGCAUUGUGGGAAGAGAAAGUUACUUUCAGUUUUGCGCGGACGGGCAGAGAGAGCAAAGAGAUGCGUCAAAGUGGAUCUGGCGGCACCAUGAUCGUCAACCUUUGAUAAAGGGCUAUGUGUAAACUUGACGUCAUCGCCCUUCUAAUGGGAGAGGCUGCUCUCAGGGCGCUGUAGACCUGCCGCCGCCAUAGACCCCUUCACAAUUUCUCCAGAAGCUCCUGUCGCCGAAAUGACCCACAACGCCCCCUCAAAGGACCCAGAGAUGCCCGCCAGCGACCAGGAGGACGAUCAGGCAUCAGUCAUCUUGCGGCUGUAUCCGUACUCGGAGGAGAAAGACGACCCGAACCAAGCUGUUCCUGCACCAAAUGAUGGAAGCAGUCUGAAGCUGGCAACCACCCUGACCAACCGGCAGCGUGGCAACGAGGCAUCUGCCUUGCCGGCCACUCUGGACACUCUUUCUAUUCAUCAGCUGGCAGCCCAGGGAGAACUGGUCCUGUUGAAAGAAAAUCUGAGGAAAGGUGAGAACCUUUUAAACAAGCCCGACGAGCGGGGCUUCACGCCUCUGAUGUGGGCCGCGGCUUUUGGAGAGAUUGAGACCAUCCGCAGCAUGCUGGAAUGGGGCGCAGACCCCCACGUCCUUGCAAAGGAGAGGGAGAGCGCCCUGUCUCUCGCCAGCAUGGGGGGCUACACGGACAUCGUCACCUUACUCCUGGAGAAGGACGUGGACAUCAACACUUACGACUGGAACGGCGGGACCCCUCUCCUCUAUGCCGUGCGCGGGAACCACGUCAAAUGCAUUGAGGCCUUGCUAGCCCACGGUGCUGAUCUCACAACCGAGGCAGAUUCAGGAUACACCCCGAUGGACCUGGCAGUCGCUCUGGGACACAAGAAAGUGCAACACGUGAUGGAAAAACAUAUCCUCAAGUUGUUGCGGAGCAGAGAACCUGAGUGACACAGGACUUCUUGUCAGACUGGGGGGGGGGGAGGACCUUCUCCCUGCCCCCCACCAUUUUCCUCUCUGCUUUGAAGGUGGAAUCAAGGGAAAGCCUUCUGCACUGAGCGGCUGAUCUGAGGCACAUGAGACAGGGUUGGAUAUUUGAGUCACCGGGCUUUAAAAAGUUCGCUACAGCCCUCGUGGAAAGAGGGGGCAGUGGAGGGGUUAGGUUUGACGGCAAGACACGACCCCCCCCCCAACCUGCUUGUUGCCAUCAGCUUGCUAUUUUUUAUUAAUUUAUUGAAUUUUUAUACCGCCCAAUACCCGGAGGUCUCAUUUAUCAACUUGAUGACCACUAAGCACCAGAACUAUUCAGAACCCCUGAAAUCCAGACUCUGGACUCCAGCCAGAGGAGAAGUUUCCGGAGGCAAAGGAACUCCAGGUGGCUCGCAGAAGCAAGCCAAGCUGCAAAUAAGAAGGCACCUGAUAUUUCCCCCACUGCCGUUUGCAAACUGUUCUGAGCUGGGAUGCGUGCGAUGGGAGAGAGAAUUUUGCAGAUUCCCGAACCAAAAAAAAAGUACUACGUACCAUACUUUUAAAAUUUGAAAUGGCAACAACUGAACACCCCCGAUUAAUGGAAGAAACUAUUCUGUCCCUAGAAUACUUGCUGAAACUGCUAAGCAGGUGACCCUGCUACACUGUGCUUGUCUUAAACAGCAGGCUUGCUUAUUUCCGCUCGCCUAGGGCGAACCAGGACUCCAGGUGAGCAGCUGUGAAGAGCUUUCUUUUUAAAUAAAGGAAUGAAUAUCCCGGCAUAAAAAUACAAAAUAAAUUAUUGUUCACUAUU